UUAUUCUCUCCUGUCCUGGAUCACAUGAAGAAAACUCUUCUUCACCAAAUCCACCUCAGAAGCUCUCCCUGAUAAAAAACAGGAUGGUGUCAUUGCAUCAGCCUUCUAAACCAGAAAUCUCUUGUAUCAUCGGCUCAAGCUGUUCAUGGGUGACGUCUACAGACAACUUUGGAAAACCGGACUGGGUGUUAUCUUCAGUUGGUGUCCUGCUAUCUCAGGAGAGGCAGCAGCUGCUUCUGGAAAACAGUUCCUCCCGUGGAGAUGUUGAAGGGGACAUUUUCCUCCUGAACACCAGUAGGCUCCCAGAUAGAUGUGAGUUCAGCCUGCAUAGCCCCAUCCUGCCUGGGAGCUUGGACUCUUGCUUGCUGGAACUGGCCAUAUAUUCACAGGAUGCUGUUCCUCUCCUCCAGAGGUUCACAGUUGAAAUCAGAUAUGUGGAGACAAACAGAAAUAUAAUAAUUUCUCUGAGAGUUGGCCACGAGGAGGAUGCCGGGAUGAAAUGGAAAUACCUGAUGGCCCAGAUUGGCCGAAUAGAAAGACCUUUUAAAAUCACCUUACUGUAUUCAAACUGUGGAGCACAAGAGGUUGGAGUACUGGCAGUGGGCUCCUUGCAGCUCAGGAACUGCUUUCAUGAUAAAGAAAACCAAGAUCUUUCUAUAUAUGAAAAAGGCUCCACCUUCCCCUGCCUUCAUGGAGGCUGUGUCAGCCACCUACAAAUCUGUGAAUUCAUCAGUGAUUGCCCUGCCAAAGAACAGGACGGAGUGAGGUGUGACAGUCUCCCAGAGGGCUCACAUUGCUCUUUUGAAGAGGGUCCGUGUGGCUGGACACUGAAUGAAACUGCAGCAUCUCCUUGGUCUAUUCGGGGCUUUACUGAAAUGAUUCAAGAUGACUCAUUUGUAGGGUCUACCUUGCAAGCCACUGGUGGACACUUUCUCUACUUGCGAGCAGACAGCAAUCAGACGAGUGGCGUGGCCAAGGCCUACAGUACCAGCUUGCCAGCCAGGAUUGCCACUGAAGGCUACCAGAUCCAAUUCUCGGUGCAUGUUUUUGGCAGCUACAAUGGUACCGUCUCCUUCUCUGUCAGGGAAGAGAUAAAGGGACCUCCAAUCACCUUGCCAAUGUGGGAAAGAGCAGGGAGCUGGAGUGACCACUGGUUUCUCAUCACCUUACCAAUGCCAGUGCUUCAGAACCGGUUUCAACUGCAACUCCUGGCAACCUGGGGCUGGAAUUCCCAAGCUGACAUUGCUAUCGACAAUAUUACGUUUGGACUGGACUGCUUCACUAACGGAAGACAACCAAAUCAUCUUGGUGGGAAGCGCCAGUACCCACGGGAGAUCAGUAUCCUGGAUGAGCAUCUUCUGAACCCCCUGGAAGAGCCUUCCCUCCCAGGGGACACAUCUGUUGUUCUCUGGUGGUUCACAACAUGUGGUGCCAGUGGUCCACGCGGGCCAACUCAAGCUCAGUGCGACAGUGCCUAUAAGAACAGCAACGUGUCGGUGACUGUGGAGAAAGAGGGCAGGCUCCGGGGAGUGCAAGUCUGGAAAGUGCCAGCCACAAACCGAUACAGGAUUUCUGCCUAUGGAGCAGCUGGAGGGAAGGGAGCCAAAAACCACAAUAAGCGGUCCCACGGGGUCUUCAUCUCGGCCACCUUCCAGCUGGAGAAAGAUGAGCUGCUGUACAUCUUAGUGGGGCAGCAGGGGGAGGAUGCCUGCCCUGGGGGCAAUCCUGAAACCCAGAAGAUCUGCUUAGGGGAGUCAUCUCUCAUUGAAGAAGAUUACAAAAAAAAAAAGGACCUGAAGGACUGGGCUGGAGGAGGUGGGGGUGGAGGAGGAGCAACCUACGUCUUUAGACAGAAGGAUGGGAUUUUCGAACCUUUGCUCAUCGCAGCAGGAGGAGGAGGAAAAGCCUACCUGAAGGCUCAGGACAGCUCCCUGGAUGACGUACCCCUGGAGCAAUUUGAGAACAGCACUGCGGUACCUGGAGUCAGUGGGAAGACUGGGGCAGCAGGUGGAGGUGGUGGCUGGCAAGAUGAGACUCUGCUUCCUCAGGCUGGGAAGUCCCUUCUGGAAGGUGGAGAAGGCGGUCAAGCUUGUCCCCAAGCACUAGCCAAGCUCCAAUGGGACACCUCUGGUGGCUUCGGUGGGGGAGGAGGAGCUUGUACUUCUGGUGGAGGAGGUGGAGGCUACAGAGGUAGCUAGCCAUACGGGCAUGCCUCUGGCAAUGAUGAUCUCACAGCUGGUGGGCAGGAUGGCAUCUCUUUUGUGAACCCCAUUGGAGAGAUCUUCUUGCAUCCCCUGGCAGCCAUGGAGAGUCACGGUGAGGUAGAGGUUCAGAUCUAUCUUAACUGCAGCCACUGCCACUCAGACAACUGUAAGCGGGACCCUGACACCAACCUGCCAGUCUGCCAAUGUGAGAUGGGGGCUGUGCUGGCCAAUGACAACGUCACCUGCACUGUGCCCCAGAGUCCUAUUCCAGAGGGAAACCUUCCUCUCCCACUCCUCCUAGCUGUGGUGGCUGUGAUUGUGGUGCUUGGAAUGAUCCUCACUUGUGGCAGCCUAUCUAUCAUUUAUCACCUUAAGAAGCAGCAGCUGGAAGGAGCCAGAGCACGACUGCAGAGCCCAGAAUAUAAACUGAGCAAAAUCCGCACAUCGGCCAUCAUGACAGAUUACAACCCCAACUACUGCUUUGCAGGGAAGGCUGCCACUCUGAGUGAGCUGAAGGAGAUCCCACGGAAGAACAUCUCUCUGCUUCGGGCCCUAGGUCAUGGUGCAUUUGGUGAGGUUUAUGAGGGAACCGUGGUAGGCAUUGCAGGGGAUCCCAACCCUCUUCAAGUGGCUAUCAAGACCCUGCCAGAAGUCUGCUCUGAGCAGGAUGAGAUGGAUUUCCUGAUGGAAGCAUUGAUUAUCAGUAAGUUCAAUCACCAAAAUAUCGUGCAGUGCAUCGGUGUUAGCCUACAGACACUGCCUCGCUUCAUUCUGCUCGAGCUCAUGGCUGGAGGAGAUAUGAAGAGCUUUCUUCGGCAGAAUCGACCCAGGGUGAAUCAACCAUCCACGCUAACAAUGCAGGACCCAGAUAUCGCCUGCGGCUGUAAAUAUCUGGAAGAGAAUCAUUUCAUCCACAGAGAUAUAGCUGCAAGGAAUUGCCUGUUGACCUGCACUGGAGCAGGACGAAUAGCCAAGAUUGGUGACUUUGGGAUGGCCAGGGAUAUUUACAGAGCAAGUUACUACCGCAAGGGAGGAAGAGCCAUGCUUCCUGUCAAGUGGAUGCCACCAGAAGCUUUUCUAGAGGGCAUUUUCACCUCCAAGACUGAUACCUGGUCCUUUGGUGUGCUUCUUUGGGAGAUUUUCUCUCUAGGCUACAUGCCCUACCCUUGCAAAACUAAUCAGGAAGUGCUGGAAUUUGUCACCAGUGGAGGAAGAAUGGAUCCACCAAAAAACUGUCCAGGGCCAGUGUACCGGAUCAUGACACAGUGCUGGCAGCACAGCCCAGAGUAUCGGCCAAACUUCUCCACCAUCCUGGAAAGAAUCAAGUAUUGCACGCAGGACCCUGAUGUGAUCAACACUGAGCUGCCCAUGGAGUGUGGCCCUACACCAGAGGAUGAAGGGAGUACGGUCAUGCGCCCAAACAUUUCCAGCGGGAUAGUGCCUCUGUUGGUAAGCCCUUCUCUCACACCACAGACAACGCCUAAAACACUGGACUCCCACCAUGCUGGGCAUAAACUUGUACAAUGUCCACAAGAGCUACUGGUGGAGAACCUGAGCAACUGGACUGCUCGAGGGCCCAGCCUGCCGUGCCUCAGCGAUUUGAACAGUGGGUCCUGGUUCCAGCAGGCCUCGAACCAGAAGUUGGAGCUCAGCAAUCCACCAACCCACAGACUUAAAAACAAAACGAAAAAUCUUUGGAACCCAACCUAUGGAUCAUGGGUGCUAGAGAACAUCUGUCACUUCAGCCCCAGCUCCAAGCUCAAAGCAACUCCUGAGCGGGAAGAUUCGGGCUUUGAUGGGAAUUGCAGUUCUUCUAGCUCUCGGACAUCUCCAGCAUCUCCAAGUCGAAGCAACUGCCCUCACCUGGAUAUUGGUGGGAUUGAACUGGUGAAACUCCAGACUUUCCCCUGUGGCAAUGUGAAUUACGCUUAUGAUGACCUGUGCUAUAGCACUGACCACCAGCCAUCAGCUUUGGCAGAGGUCAGAGCAGCUGUGCUAAGGAGCUCCAGUGUGCACAGAGAUGAAAAGCCUUUUUAUAAAACAGAGAAAACAUCAAGAGAGAGGGACUCUGGUCUGUCUUUGUCAGAUGACCUGAGUGUUACUCCAGUGUAACAGAAACGGUUCUUCCAAAGACCAGGGAAUAUGUGUGUCUGGAAGGACUGCUUCCUAUUUCACUUACUUCCUCCAUUUAAGUUCCUUCAGACGGGUGAUGUUUCAACAUCAGCAAUGUUUUGCUUCCUCCUUCUACCUGCCGGAUCCCCAGAUCGUUAAAGACAGUUGCAUUUCUAUCUCUGUCCAUCAAAUGUGUUCCACUGAACCAGUUUAGCAGUGGAGAACAAUGGCAUUGCUGCUCUGAUUCAGAAUACAAUACUCAAUGAAAGGACUCCUUCUCAAUCUGCUCAGGUGAAAAGAAAUGGACCUACCAUCCAACCGCAGCAUUUGGAUGGAAAUAAUGAGCAACACAGGUUGCACUUCUUUCAGACUGAAGAAACCAAAAAUGCAUGCUGUGCCAGCAGCAACCAACUUGCAAAGGCUGCUAUAUUCCCAAGAGCUUUUUACAGUCCUGAUGACUUACUAAUGAUGCUCAUGCACUGUAAGGGAAGUAAAUAAAUAGCAGCCACAUUUGCAUCUGUUUUAUUAGCAGACCCUGUGGAAAAACAUAAAAAUGAAGCUACUGCUCAAAUUGGAAGCAGUAGGAAGGGUGAAAAA